CAUUUCACACCUACACCUGCCAACUUUGACCUCCAAAAGUCAAAACCAAAUACCACUUGAUCUCGCGAUUAGUAUUCAGCCACGAAGCCAACCGCCAUUAAUGGAUUCCUAAACCACUCCUAUAAUAACUUCAUGACUCUUUCUUCCUCUUCUUCAUUCUAUACUUAACAACAUACAAAGUUUACCAACCCUCUGAAAACCCUAUACGGACCCUAAUUCCACCAAUUUCUCCCUUUCUUUUAACAUUAACACGUUCAAUUUCAACACAGAUUCGUUAUCUCAACGCUCUAUGGAUGCAUCAAUGAGCUCUCAUGCUCUCUCUGGUCUCAAUUUCUCAAAAUCGAACACUGCUGACGUCACACGCGAUCGCUCUCUCCAUGCAUGUGAACUCCCACGUCAAUCGUCUUGGAGAUCCGGUACAACUGGAAGAACCUUCCAGAACUUGAAACUGGAUACAUCUGCUCAUAAUAGAAAUCUAGCUGCAAAAACCUUUUGCUCUGCAGAGGCAUGCAUUCAUCCUUUAAGUGCUAUUGAAUCUCCUUCACACGUCGAAGAGGAUAAAGUUGGAGUACUUCUUUUGAAUCUUGGAGGCCCAGAUACACUAAAUGAUGUUCAGCCCUUUCUCUAUAACCUAUUCGCAGACCCCGACAUCAUUCGUCUCCCAAGGUUGUUUAGGUUCCUACAACAACCAUUGGCGCGACUCAUUUCCACACUUAGGGCACCCAAAAGUAAAGAAGGGUAUGCUUCAAUUGGAGGUGGUUCACCUUUAAGAAAGAUAACAGAUGAACAAGCUGAUGCUCUUAAAAUGGCACUUGAAGCAAAGAAAGUGGCUGCUAAUGUCUAUGUUGCAAUGCGUUACUGGCACCCUUUCACUGAGGAAGCUGUUCAGCAGAUUAAGAGGGACAGGAUUAAGAAGCUCGUCGUGCUUCCUCUUUAUCCUCAGUAUUCUAUUUCUACAACUGGUUCAAGUGUUCGUGUUCUCCAAGACCUAUUUAGAGAGGAUAAGGUUUUGUCAAGACUCCCUGUUGCUAUUAUACAGUCAUGGUAUCAACGUGGAGGUUAUGUCAAUUCUAUGGCUGAUUUAAUCGAGAAAGAAUUGCAAAGUUUUGGUUCACCUGACGAGGUAAUGAUAUUCUUCAGUGCUCAUGGGGUACCAGUUAGUUAUGUUAGAGAUGCUGGGGAUCCAUAUAAAGAUCAGAUGGAGGACUGUAUUUACUUAAUCAUGCAAGAACUUAAAGCUAGAGGAAUCAAUAAUGACCACAAACUCGCUUAUCAGAGUCGAGUGGGGCCCGUUCAGUGGUUGAAACCUUACACGGAUGAAGUACUUGUUGAGCUUGGCAAAAAUGGUGUUAAGAGUCUCCUUGCGGUUCCUGUUAGCUUUGUGAGCGAGCAUAUAGAAACACUUGAAGAAAUAGAUAUGGAAUAUAAAGAGCUGGCCCUUGAAUCUGGCGUUGAAAACUGGGGUCGGGUCCCGGCUCUUGGUUGCACCUCUACGUUCAUAACCGAUUUGGCUGAUGCGGUUAUUGAAGCCUUGCCUUCUGCUGCAGCUAUGACAACGGACACAACCGUUAGCGAGGCCAGUAGUUUUAAACAAAAUCCAGCUGGGUUUGCUAUCAAGAUGCUUUUAGGUUCCUUCUUAGCAUUUAUAGCAUUGCUAGUAUUCCCUGCAUUCAAGAAUCAAAAUGUCUAGAGAGAGUUCCGCUGAAUUCACUUUUGAAGAUAAAGGGCCAAAUAAAGAGACGGUUACGGUAUACAUCGAGAACAGGAAUUUAGUUGCUUUUUACGGAUUGAGUUUUUGAUCGUUUUGCUUUUGUUUUUGGUUCUUUUUUGUGAAAACUGAGACCUGGUGAAGAAGUUUCAUCACAAAUAUGAUUUCCAAAUUUUUAUACAAGUUUAAUACGGGUUUAUUUAUAAUAUGCCAAUAUCUUAGGCCUGGCUUGCAUAAGCUUGGCUUGAUUUGAGCUGAUCGCUCUCAAGCUCUAAUGAUGAGCAAAUAGAUAAUGAUGAUAGUUUUUUUU